AUGAGUAGUACUGUGAUGGAUGAUUAUGAGCAAUUUAACAACACAUUUAGCCCUCCCUACGUGAAUGAAGUCCAUGAGUGUAACUUAGAAAAUGAAUUUCCAUUCCAGGAAGAAGAUCUCUUAUCUCCAAAUACCAUCAUGGAUGAAAUUUUUGAUCAAGAGUCAGUUGAAGAAUUGCUGCAGCAACAUACAGAGAACCAGGACAUUGAUUUCAUGAUUAAUCAUGAUGAGACAAUGGGUCUAGGCUCUGAAUUAUGUCAUGGAGUGACCCCGAAAGCACAUGAAAGCGUGCAUGUUUCAAUGGAAGGCGAUUCAUAUUUGAAGGGAAUUCAAGCAGAGCUAAUGGAAGAGACAAGUUUAGAUGAUCUGUUGCUGACAGGAGCUGAAGCUGUUGAAGCACAGAACUGGGAUCUUGCUUCUGACAUAAUUGAGAAACUUAACAAUUCCUUAUCUUUAGAAAAUGGGGAUAGUUUAUUAAACAGGUUGGCUCUUUUCUUUACUCAGGGUUUGUAUUAUAAAACUAUAAAUGCUCCUGAGUUGCAGCUUGAUCCUGUUUCUACACAGACAAACACUUUCUGUGUGUUUCAGAUACUACAAGAACUCUCUCCCUAUGUAAAAUUUGCUCAUUUCACAGCCAACCAAGCAAUCUUUGAAGCCACAGAAGGUGCUGAGGAUGUUCAUGUCAUUGAUUUUGACAUCAUGGAGGGGAUUCAAUGGCCACCGUUGAUGGUUGACCUUGCAAUGAGAAAGGGUACUUCCCUUAGAGUAACAGCCAUCACAGUGAACCAACAAAGUGCAGCUUCUGUUCAACAAACAGGAAGAAGGCUUAAAGAGUUCGCGGAUUCUAUCAAUUUUCCAUUCAUAUUCGAUCAGAUAAUGAUGGUGGGGGAAGAAGAUUUUCAAAGAAUUGAACUUGGUCAUCAUGCACUUAUAAUCAACUGUAUGAUACACCAGUGGAUGCCAAACAGGAGUUUCUCAUUGGUAAAAACUUUUCUUGAUGGUGCAAGCAAAUUAUCACCUAGGCUUGUUGUUUUAGUGGAAGAAGAACUUUUUAACUUUUCUAAACUCAAAUCCAUGUCCUUCGUGGAUUUCUUCUGUGAGGCUUUGUAUCACUACACUGCACUUUCUGAUUCAAUUGCCAGUAGUUUGUGGGGUAGUCACAAGAUGGAGUUAACCCUGAUAGAAAAAGAGAUUCUGGGGCUCAGGAUUAUAGACAGUGUAAGGCAGUUUCCUUGUGAAAGAGAGGAGAGAAUGUUGUGGGAAGAAGGAUUCUAUUCCUUGAAGGGGUUUAAACGUGUUCCUAUGAGUACAUAUAAUAUUUCACAAGCCAAGUACUUGGUGAGCCUGUUUGGUGGAGGGUAUUGGGUGCAAUUUGACAAGUGUAGAUUGGCUUUGUGUUGGAAGUCAAGGCCUUUGACUGCUGCUUCAAUCUGGGUACCAACAGCUUCUCUCAGUUACAAGGUCAAAUAG